AUGUCCAGCCACGACGAGUACUCCUCGGACGAAGAAGACUUGUUCGACUCUCCCCAGUCAGAUGUUUUUCUUGGAUUUAUCGAUAUUGGCAUUGGCGAGGACGACGAAUACCCCACAAUCGAAGACACCUUCAUUGGAGGACAGCCCAUCUGGCCCCAUCCUGAGCUGAAGCCCAAGGAGGAGGACUUGAAAUGUGACAAUUGUGGCAGCUUCAUGGCGCUUCUUGCCCAGGCCUACGCUCCAUUGGACGGCAAGGCGUACGACAGAAUGAUCUAUGUGUUUGGGUGCAAAAACACCGCUCAGUGUUCGAGAAAGAAGGGAAGCAUCAAGGCCAUCAGGGCCAUUAACAAGGACCCUGCUAUCGCCGAAAAGAUUUACGAGGAGCAGCAGGCGGAGGCCCAGAAAGCGUUGGACGAGAAGCUUCGGUUGGAAGAUAAGCGGAAGUUUCAGAUCGAGAUGACCAAGGACUUGUUUGAUCUGACGAAGCCCACUGGAAGCGGAGCCAAGGAAAACCCGUUUACUUCUCUGGCAGCUUUUGGCGGCGACGCAAAGGCUAACCCGUUCACCAGCUCGAAUCCAUUUGGAAAGGCUGAACCAUUCAAGAAGGACGAUAAGGCAGAAAAGCCAAAGACAGAGAAGACAGAGAAACCAGCCAAGGCAAGCUACGCCGAUGCUUCCAAGGCCGCUAAGCCCGCCACCCCGCUAAGAAACCGAGUGACACUCGAGCCUGAGUUGGAAAAGUACAAGCAUUUGAUAGAAGAGACCACAGAAGAAGAAGGCCCCAGCAAAGGCGGCAAAAAGGAGAGAACGCUUUCAUCGUCCAGCUCCUCACUGGCUGUCAACCAGACCAACCAAAUCUCCAAGAUGCUUGACGACAAGUUUUUCGAAAACUUCACCUCCGUCGUCAACCACAACCCCACGCAGGUGCUUCGAUACGACUUGGACGGCCAGCCUGUGCUCUAUAGCGGCAAGGACGAGGUGGCCAAGCAGGUGAGUGAAAAGACCGUUCCUGAUCCCGCAUACAAUCCGUCCUCCAAGAGAAGAUUCGAGCUUCAGCUUAUGCCCAAGGCGAUUAUGGACCUUGAGGGCGAGGGCGCUUCUGUGGCUGAUAUCUUGAAUGGUAUGUCGUGGGGCACUAUUGUGGUUUACACGGACGAGGAGGACUACAUGCCCAGCUUGGACGAGAACCAUGUGGGAUAUGUUAGAGAGUACUGUGGUGUGCAGUGGGAGGAGAGCGUUGACAGGUCACAGCAGGCCUAG